AUGAAUGAUAUCGUGUCUCUCAGCCAAAGCGCUUUCAUCAAGACCAGAACAAUCCAUGACAACUUCAUGUACGUCAGAAACACUGCCCGCCAACUCCAUCGCAACAAAACCCCAGCCCUUCUCAUCAAGCUUGACAUCGCCAAGGCUUUUGACACUGUUCGAUGGGAUUACAUUUUGGACCUCAUGCAACGCCUCGGCUUCCCCCAAAGAUGGCGUGCUCUGAUGACGACCCUCUUCUCCACGGCUUCCUCCCGCGUCAUCCUCAAUGGGGUCCCCGGGAAGGACAUUCUUCAUGGGCGCGGCCUCCGACAGGGUGACCCCUUGUCGCCUCUUCUUUUCGACAUUGCCAUCGACCCCCUUCAAUGGAUCCUGGAAAUGGCUACGACCUCCGGUCUGUUACACGCGAUGCCUAGCGGCUUGCAGGGACCCCGGGUCUCCUUAUAUGCGGAUGAUGCGGCCAUUUUCCUGACCCCUACAGCGCAUGACAUGUCUGCCCUUGCUAGCAUCUUACAGAGUUUCGGGGAGGUCACCGGUCUGGUAACUAAUGUGGCUAAAAGCUCCAUCGCGCCAAUUCGUUGCGCCGAGUUGGACCUUCAGCCGGUUCUGGCUAACUUCCCAGCGGCCACUGUCACUUUUCCCAUUAAAUAUUUGGGUCUACCCCUCUCUCUUGGAAGAUUGCGACGGGCAGAUCUUCAACCUUACAUUGAUAAGGCGGUGGCACGCUUGAACCCUUGGAAAGGCAGAUUCCUCAAUCGGGCUGGCUGUACCGCCCUUGUGAAGUCAGUUCUCUCUUCUAUGCCAAUCUUCCUGUUAACAGCUCUUAAGGCUGACAAAGGCAUUCUGAAGGCUUUCGCCAAAAUUAGUCGGGGUAUGCUAUGGGCUUGUAAGGAAGUUGUCAGUGGCGGGAAAUGCAAGGUCAAUUGGCAGAAGGUUUGUCGCCCAAAGGAGCUUGGCGGCCUUGGGAUUCUUGACUUGGAUAAGUUCUCCCGUGCGCUCAGGCUGCGUUGGCUAUGGUAUGUUUGGACGGCUCCAGAAAAACUUUGGGUGGGUUCUGAAACCCCCAAUGAUGCCUCCGACAUCGACCUCUUCAAUGCCGCUACCAGAGUCACCAUUGGUGAUGGUGCAAAGGCUUCCUUUUGGCUUUCUUCUUGGCUUGAUGGCUCUCCACCGAAGGACCUUGCCCCCUUAAUUUUCAAGGCCUCCAGAAGAAAGAACCGAACAGUUCAGAACGCUCUUGAAGGACAUAGCUGGGUCGCGGACAUCGACGUGCAAGCUUUCACUGUCGAACAUAUGGAGCAAUACAUUCGUCUAUGGGACCUUCUUUCGGCAGUCCAACUUUCACCCGGUACUUCGGAUUCCAUUGUUUGGACUUUGACGCCUAACGGACGCUACUCGGCUAGCUCCGCCUACAAAGCCCAGUUUAUGGCCUCUCUACCUUGCACCUUUGGGAAUCUCGUUUGGAAGACUUGGGCCCCGCCCAAAUGUCGCUUCUUCGCCUGGCUCGCUGUCCAGAACCGCCUAUGGACGGCGGACCGUCUUGCGAAACGUGGAUGGCCACAUCAGCCUACUUGCCAGCUUUGUAGAUGCGUUCCCGAGACCGCAAGACACAUCCUGUUUGAAUGCCGCUUCUCAAAAAGGAUCUGGACAGCCGCGGCAGCAUGGCUCUCUUGCCCGGAUCUUAUCCGUUGCCUUGGCUCUGGAAGACCUAAGGUGCUGGACUACUGGCACGCCAUCGCCAAGACUCCCACCUCCUCUCCCAAAGGCCUAAGAACUGCUAUCAUACUCAUCGCUUGGGAGAUUUGGAAGGAAAGAAAUGAGAGAGUUUUUAGCAAUAAAUCCACUCUUCCUUCGGUCAUUAUGCAUAAGAUCAGGGAGGAAGGAAAGGACUGGAUUCUGGCCGGUGCCAAGAACCUGGCAGAGCUUGUAGGCUGA